AUGGCCGAGGGAAUGCUCAAGGCAUUGUUGUGUGUCUUUGUGGCCACGACAUCUGCACUGGCCGAGGUGGCUCGUGGACAACGAGUGCCUUGCUAUUUCGUUUUCGGAGACUCUGUCUUCGACAAUGGUAACAACAAUGCCUUGAAUACCUCGGCCAAAGUCAACUAUUCACCUUACGGUGUUGAUUUUGCUAGAGGUCCUACCGGUAGGUUCAGCAAUGGUCGUAAUAUUCCUGACAUUAUCGCUGAACUAAUGAGAUUCACUGAUUACAUUCCACCGUUCACGGGAGCAUCGCCGGAACAAGCUCACACUGGAAUAAACUACGCUUCUGGUGGCGGUGGAAUUCGCGAAGAAACUAGCCAACAUUUGGGUGAAAGUAUCAGUCUUAAAAACCAAAUAAAGAACCACCGGACGAUGAUUAUGACGGCGAAUGUUCCACAGGAGAAGCUGCAGAAGUGUCUAUACACAAUUAAUAUUGGAAGCAAUGAUUAUCUCAACAACUAUUUCAUGCCACCUCCGUAUAUGACCAAUCGCAAGUACAGUUUUGAUCAAUAUGCUGAUUCUCUCAUUCGAAGCUAUCGCUCUUAUUUGAAGNNNUUGUACGUUCUAGGAGCAAGGAAGGUGGCUGUGUUUGGGGUGAGUAAGCUCGGGUGCACACCUCGUAUGAUUGCCUCCCAUGGUGGCGGUUAUGGCUGUGCUGCUGAAGUGAACAAAGCGGUUGUACCUUUCAACACGAACCUCAAAGCUCUCGUUUUUGAAUUCAAUAGAAACUUUGCUGAUGCUAAGUUCACCUUCGUUGAUGUCUUCACCGGCCAACAUCCUCUCGCAUAUCUCGCCUUAGGUAUGUAA